AUGGCUUCAUCAUCAGGGGCUACCACUUCAUCUACCACAUCCCGCCAGCCUUCGCCUUAUGAUGUGUUUGUCAAUUUCAGAGGUCCAGAUACUCGCACAAACUUCACCAGUCUGCUUUAUAAAGCUCUUAUAAAAGAUGGAGUCCGUGCAUACAGAGACAGUGAGGAACUCUGGGAAGGAGAAGAGAUUUGUCCCUCGCUUAUAAGAGCAAUCCAAGGGUCUGAAAUCUCGAUUCCUAUCUUCUCUAAAAACUAUGCAGAGAGCAAAUAUUGUCUCAGGGAACUUGCUGAGAUAUGGGAAUGCCAUGUAUCUAAUGGUCAAGCCAUCCUGCCAGUAUUCAUUGAUGUUGAGCCACGAAAUGUGGGACAUCAGAAAGGAAGUUUUGAGAGACCAUUUCAGGAACACCAGAGGAAGUGUGACUCUACUGAAGUGAAGAGUUGGAAGAAUGCAUUGAAAGAGGUGGGAAAUCUAAAGGGAUGGCCUCUCAAGGGGGAGGCUACCAUUGAGGAUCAGUCAAUCUUAGUCGAGUUAAUUGGUCAAAAGGUUUUGAGAGAACUACGUAGCUCCCCCUUGGAUGAAUGUAAACACCUUGUUGGAAUAGAUUCCCACAUAUAUAAAGUACUUUCUUUAUUAAAUAUUGGUUCUGAUGGUGUGCGCUUUGUGGCAAUAUGUGGCAUGAGUGGCCUCGGAAAAACAACUAUUGCAAAAUCCAUCUAUAAUCGCAUCUUUAAAAGCUUUGAUGGGAGUAGCUUUCUUACAGAUGUGAGAGAAGAAGCAUCACAAGGAAAUAAGGGUUUAGUGUCCUUGCAAAAUCGACUUAUUAAAGAUAUCUUGAAAAGGGGCCACGAUGUGAGCAUUGUUUCUCAAGGAUCAACUUUGACAGAAAAGUUGCUUCAAGGAAAAAAAGUACUUAUUCUUGAUGAUGUGGAUGAUCAUGUACAGCUUAAUGUAUUGGCUGGUGAAAGCAAUUGGUUUAGUCAAGGAAGCAGGGUCAUCAUAACAACUAGAGAUGACCAAAGUUUGAAUCCCCAUAAAGUUGAUAAAGAUAUUCAAAUAUACAAUCCGGACGGACUGGAUUUUGAAAAUUCUCUUCAACUCUUAAGUUUGCAUGCUUUUUCAAAGAAUAAACCUCCUGAAAAGUUUAUGCAGCUUUCACGUCAAAUUGUUUGCUAUGCUGAAGGGUUACCCCUAACUCUAGAAGUGUUGGGGUCUUUUCUGUAUGACAAAAACAAAGAAGAAUGUGAAGAUGCAUUAGGAGGAUUGAAAGAUAUCCUUGAUAACAAGGUCUCUGGACUGACAAUGAGAAGCUAUGAUGACAAGGUCUUUGCAAAGUUGAUGAUAAGUUAUAAUAAUUUAAGUGAUUAUGUGAAAAUCAUAUUUCUUGAUAUUGCAUGCCAUUUCAUUGGAUGGGAAAUGGAAGAAACAAUUUCAAUGUGGGAAGCUUGUGAGUUGCGUCCGAGAUUAGCUAUAAAAGAAUGCACUCAAUAG